AGUUCCUCCACAAGGGCGCGAUUCUAAAUCUUCGGCGGCGUUCUUUCUUGACCCUUCCGCCAUCCCGUAGCAACAGCUUCCCUCUGGUUUCCUAGAUAUGGUUCUGCGGUUGUUGCUCCGAGCGCUGCGCGCUUCCUGCCUCGCCGCUCCGCCUAUUGGUCGCCGGAUCCCCCUUUGCUCGCCAGCGCCCCCGGCGGCUGGGCGAGGAACGGCCAGCUGUAGGGCGUUCCGAGAACGCGGGCUUCUGUUGGCGGAACCUCAAAGGCUGGCGAUGGAGGGCGAAGCCGGAGAGGAGGAGUCGCCUGUCCUGCCUGCGACCAGCGGGCAGAUCGAUGGAAAGCAAAUUGUGGGACGGAAGAAAAAGCAAAGAAAAAAACAGAGAAAGAAAUCAGACUGUCUUGAUGAUUCUUUUGACUGUUUGAUCAUGGAAAUGCCAUUUGCAGAAGUAGAUAUUGAGGAAGAGUUUAGCCCCACAAGCUCAAUUAAAGCAAAAAAUAAAAAGAAGAGGAAGAGAACUACUGGAAGGGAAAAUGAUGAAGAUGACUUAAUAAAGAAAAAAAAGAAAGAUCAAGAUCGGCCAAAUUAUUUCAUCUCCGUUCCAAUUACCAACUCAAAGAUCUCAGAUGGUAUUCAUGCUCUCCAGGAUACCAUAAUAGAAAAAGAUGGCAGGCUUUCCAAAGCAAUGAUUCAUUAUGGUUCAUUCCAUGUCACUCUCCUGGUGAUGCAUUUGUCUACUGAAGCAGCAAUUGACAAUGCAGUUAGUGCUUUCUUGAAGAGUCAAGGUUUAAUUGAAGAACUUCUGCAAGGAAAACCUUUGGAUUUAUCUUUUCAAGGAACUGAUCACUUUAGAAAUCAAGUUGGAUUUGUGAAGCUGUCGGAGAGUGAUAAUACAACCACACUUCUAAAGAUAGCAGGAGUCUACCGGAUGCCAUGCAGCUGUGGACAAGUCUACAUAGGGACCACCAAACGCAGCGCCCAAACAAGAAUCAAAGAACAUGAAAGGCACUGCAGACUAAUUCAACCAGAGAAAUCAGCCAUAGCAGAGCAUUUGAUGAACCAGCCUGGACACAGGAUAUUAUUUGAGAACACAAAACUGCUGGACCAUUCCAACAACUAUCAUGUCAGACUACACAGAGAAGCCAUUGAAAUCCACAAGCAUGUGGACAACUUCAACAGAAAGGAAGAAACCAUGAAAAUGAACAAAAUCUGGCUACCAGUAUUACAAAACUCCAAAAUCAAAACAGUGGAUGGGAACCAACACUCUGAACAAAGGAUGCCCCCAGGCAAGAGACAGAACAUUUCCAAUGCUAAUUGGGGUGAUUAACUGAAACAUUAAUGCUGGCUCCCAGUGACAAAGGACUCUUGCCACACCCUGGACUCUACACAGAUAUAUAUUCUUUCCUUUCCUUACUUAGUACCUCACAACCUCUGAGGAUGCCUGCCAUAGAUGGGGCGAAACGUCAGGAGAGAAUACUUCUGGAACAUGGCCACACAGCCCGAAAGACAUACAGUUACACUUAUAAUUUAUUUGUUUUCCAAAUCAGUAUAUAUGAUGUUUCAAAUUGAAGUUUCUCAUUUUUAUUUGCUUGUAAAGCAGUAUGUUUUUUCUUUCAAGUUGACGCCUCGUAUUGAUAAAACAGAAAGAACCUUAGAGACUUUCACAUUAAAUAUGUGUUAUUAUAUUCUAUUGUUUGUCAUCUAUGCUUCAGUGAGUUAGACACAAGAGAUGGAAUGUUUAAUUAUAUUCAUAACUGCAAUGGAACACAUUGGAAAAAUGCUUUACGUGGACUUGCAUUUUAGUGUAGGGCAGCAACAAUAAGUGAUGGAAGUGCCUCCUUCGCCCUCACCGGAAUCGCUCCCCCGAUACACUAAUGAGCUGCGGACGAUGAAGCAAGCACGAAAGCGGCUGGAACAUCGGUGGCGACGGAAACCCGACGAGGUGUCACUGUCCGCUUUCAAGGCUUUUCGUAGGUCCUACGAAUCAGCCAUCAAGGAUGCUAAAAAAUCUUACAAUUCCUCUUUAAUAGCCUCUGCUAGAUCGCGCCCAGCUCAAGUAUUCAAAAUCGUUCGUGCUUUGACCAGUCCGGCUCCCUUAGUCCAAAACCCAGCAACCACGGCUCUUACAGCAGAGGCAUUCUAGAAGUCUUUCACUGAUAAAAUCACCGUGCUUCGGCAGGAACUGCCCCCUACAGUUGAUACCUUGAGUGAGCUUGAGACUUUGUGGCCGCUUAGUGGGCCUAUCUUUGACCAAUUUACUCCGCUUGACAGGGAAGAUGUCGCUAGAAUCCUGGCUGUUGCAAAACCAACCACCUGUUCCCUUGAUCCGUGUCCCUCCUGGCUGGUGAAGAGCUGCCUGGAAGAUCUACUCGAUCCACUGAGUAAUAUAAUCAAUGGCUCUCUCGGACAACCUAAAAGAGGCAAGGGUUCGUCCCUUGCUAAAGAAGCCUAGCUUGGAUCCCAUGACCCUUGCCAACUAUCGUCCUGUCUCCAACCUCCCAUUCUUGGGUAAGAUGAUAGAGCGGGCCGUACUGGGACAAUUGCAACAAUUUCUGGAGGAUACAGCCGGCCUGGACCCUUUCCAGUCAGGCUUCCGCCCUGGCCAUGGGACGGAGACAGUCCUGGUUGCCAUUAGAGAUGAACUUCGUCGCCAGUCUGAUAGCGGCGGAUCAGCGCUACUGGUACUUCUCGACCUUACCGCAGCGUUUGACACCGUUGACUACGAUCUACUGAUUCACCGUCUCGCCAUGUCCGGAGUUCGCGGUCAGGCCCUCAAUUGGUUCAAUUCAUUUCUGCGAAACCGGAGCCAAUGCGUGGAGUAUAUGGAUCAAGUCUCUGACAGAUCUCCCCUCCUAUGUGGGGUACCCCAAGGUGCAAUUCUCUCCCCUCUUCUCUUCAACAUCUACGUUAAACCCCUUGCUAGUUUGGUUCGGAGUUUCGGCCUAGACUGCUAUCAAUAUGCGGACGACACCCAACUCCUUCUGCGCCUGGAGCCUGGAGCAACAUCAAUACCAGACAAUUUCACCUUAUGUCUGGAGGCUCUGUCGAACUGGCUAUGUGCUAGCAGACUGAAGGUGAACCCGGUGAAGACCAAAAUUCUCUGGCAUGGCCGCUCGACCGGUCUGACCCAUUUGCUACUCACCUUCGAUGGUGCUGCCCUAUCUCCUUCGCCUACCGUUAAGAGCCUGGGUGUUGUUUUGGAUUCGCAGCUGACAAUGAAAGCUCAGGUCGCUGCUGCCAGCAAACAGGCCUUUUUCCACCUACGACAAGCGAGGCAACUGGCACCCUAUCUAUCUGAUGAGGCGCUGGCAACAGUAAUCCAUGCCACGGUCACGUCUAGGCUGGACUAUUGCAACGCCCUGUAUGUUGGCCUUCCGAUGUCCACGACCCGAAAGCUCCGUAUUGUUCAGAAUGCGUCAGCCAGGCUACUCACAAGAACACCCAUGAAAUGCCACAUAACACCAGUGCUGCAGCAUCUGCAUUGGCUUCCAACUGAUUACCGUGGUCUAUAUAAGAUGCUAGUUCUGACCUUCAAAACUCUUUACGGCCAGGGCCCAUCGUACCUUAGGGACCGUCUCUCCUUCUCCCAUCAUCGGAGGUCACAACGACCAUCCCAAUGAGACUUACUUUAUGUACCGGGUCCUAGAGAAGUGCACUUGGAAAGGACCAGGCGCAGAGCUUUUUCUAUUUCUGCCCCUGCCUUAUGGAAUGCCUUGCCGCCCUAUAUGAGAGCCAUGCGUGAGGUAGGGCCUUUUACCCUCGCACUCAAGACCUGGCUCUUUACUAGAGCUUUUAAUCUAUGUUAAUUUUAUUAAUAUUUUUAUGUAUGUAUUUUUAUCCUUUACAAUUUUAUCUUGUAAAUCGCCUAGAGCAUCGUGGAUUGAGGGCGAUUAAUAAGUUAUUAAAUGAUGAUGAUGAUGUUGUCGAAGGCUUUCAUGGCCGGGAUCACAGGGUUGUUGUAUGUCUUUCGGGCUGUGUGGCCAUGUUCCAGAAGCAUUCUCUCCUGACGUUUCGCCCACAUCUAUGGCAGGCAUCCUCAGAGGUUGUGAGGUAUGGUGAUGAUGAUGAUGAUGAUUAAAGUUAAUAGUAAAGUUGUACUGGUAGUGCACUUGUGGCACAGAGCCAACAUUAUGAAUGGAUUAAGGAAAUAAUACAAUACAUGCCUUGAUAUUCUUAAAUGACUUUUUAGAUUUGGCUAUCAUUCAAAUGAUUCUAAUAAUGAAUACUUGAUAGAAAAAAUGUAGGGUUGUUUAGUAUUAAAAGUAUUGAUACAUUAAAAUUCCUGAAGUGCCUUAUGAAUUUUUUUUGCCUAAGUCUAAGUUUUGCCUAACUCUAAGAGAGUCUAACAGCAUGUAAAUUAAAGGUUCAUACUAGUUACAGUAACUCCAUGGAAGGUAUAUAACUAAUCUGUCUUUAAAAUGUGUAAAAGGCCUCAGCUGCCUCGAAUAUGUUAGAAUUCAAGUGCCCAAGUUGGCACUGAAGAAGGGAAACAGAUGCCACAGAAUACAUUAGAGCAGAGCUUUCCAAACGGAUCUAUGUGAAAUAAGCAAGAAAUCAUAUAUUUUAAAAUAUAUACAUUAAAGCUUUUUAUGAGAUAUGUUGCAUCUCCAUAUAUUUUGAUACUACAGCUUAUGUACAUGUCCUUAGGUUGCUUUAACUUCUGGUUUGCUAGUAAAACUCAAUUACUAUGUUGCAAAAUGAUGCAUGUAUAAAGCAUGUUACCAACAUGAAAAGUUUGUAAACCUCUGCAUUAAAGGCAUGCUUUUAAAAGAAAAA